AUGGCGGACUACAAGACGCCCGGCCGACAGCCAUCCGGUGCAGCGGCGGCUUUAGGGACCAGCGGGAGUGUUGGCAGGCGAGUGGUGCGCUCUGCCCUCGAGCUUCUCGUGGACACGGCAUCCCCAGAUCUCGUCAACCAACAGGCAUCGUUGCCCAACACCCAGACCCCCGCGAGGUUCACCGUGACGCACGCCGCCGCACCAGCACCAGCACCACCACCAGGGACAGUUGGGCAAAAGAAGCUGCUGUCCCCUUGUGCUGCUGCCGCCCUUCCACUGCAGCUCCACCAGCAGCAGCAGCAGCAGCAGCGGCGGCGACCAACGUGGGCGUCGUCGGGGAGCGGUGGAGACGCAGCGGAGGAACCCAGUACGCUGCUGUUCCUUUCGCCCACCCCCGCUGCAGGGGUAGGCGGUGGGGACAGCGCCGUCAAGAAGCGACUCUUCAAGAGAAAGAAGAAGACAGUGAAGCUCUCCGACUCCGCCAAGAAGGUGACAACAGCGAAGGAAAUCUGGGCUAUGGCUGCUGCUGCUGCCGCUGCUUCGGCUUCGGCUUCUGCGGAAGCGGCAACACCACCAUCACAGCCAGGUGGAGAGGAAUAUCUGGGAGGAGGUAUCGAGAAGGAAGAAAGGGGCGAAAGCCGGCGGGAUACUGUUUCCUCGCGGCCUGCUAGCAGCCCACAUGGGCAUGAUGUUGUUCUUAUCCGCGACGAGCCACUCUUCACAGAAAAGGAGGUGCAACAGCGGAUACUGGAGGCGCUAAAGGCGUAUGAGGCACAGCGCGAUGCGGAAGAGGAGUCGGUGCUUCAGGAGGUAGGUCGCGAGAUUAAGUCACAAAACGAGCGCUACGAUAGACUGUUACAGGAGAAACAGACAACUGCUGAAGAGUGCGACUCACUCCAGGGGAAAGUAGAGCAGCUUGCGCUUCAAUGUGAAGCGCUACAAUCCACCAUAGCGGAGCUGCACCAGGAUCUGCAGGAGGAACGGGAGAAGGCCCGCCGUGUGGAGGUGGAGCUAUGCCACGCGCAGGACGAGAAGCGCCUGGCAUCUUCUGGCAUACAGCAGGAGCUAAACUUUGAGAAGGCUCAGUGGAAGUUGGCCCAGGAAGAGAUGCGGCAGCAGAUUGCUGAGUUUGAGGCGCAGCUGAAGACUCGCACGUUCGAGUGGCAUGAGCUUCAGGCGUCAGUAAACGCCAAGGAGAGUGAGCGGGUAAAGCUGUCGGAGCAGCUGGAGGCGUGCCAGGUCGAAUUGCAGCGGCUGCGGCAGCAGCAGGGCGAACUACAGGCUGAGAACACUGAGCUGCAAGAAUUGACGCGGGCGAAGGAGGCCCUAAUCCGUCAGCUGCAGCACAAGGCGCAGGAGGCGGAGAAGGCGGCGAAGCGAGCGACGACUUCGACACAAGAGGAGCAGGCGCAGCUCGAGUCACGCCUGCGCUCUGUCGAGGAUGCGCUGCGCCAGCAGACGGACGAAGUUCGGCGAAAGAUGCACCGCGUUCACGUACUCGAAGCGGAGCAAGGAAAGGCAGAGCGUGCCACUAAGACGCUGCGCCGCGCCGUCCGCGAGACCGCCAGCCAUUUGGAAGCGAUGCGCGGGACGCUGGAGACAAUCAUAGAGACAUGCCGCACUAGUAAUGGUGGUGGUGGUGGUGGUGAUGCUGCCACUGGCGCCUCACGCCACACGCGGCUGCCGCAACGUGGGCUCCCAGGACCCAUGUUCCCACUGCAGCGGUGCGACGCAGAGGAGUGUAUGGGCACCAACGAUAACGAGGAUGAUGACGAUGAAGAGGAAGACAGUUUGCUGGGACUUGUCACACGCAGGGAGCUGCGUGACGAGCUGCGAAGGGACGGCUUGCUGUCGGGUAAUGUGAGGCCCGCGCAGCAGGAGCGUCGACCGCGCGAGGCCAUGGGAAAAGGCACCGCAAAGAAGAUUCCCGAUGAAGACGGAAACGACACGGAUGAGUGCGGCCGUCUGCAGCGAUGCCAGCAGCACUGUGAGCGAUUGUUCGUGACGCUACAGAAGUUGCUGCUUCAGCGCCAGAGAGAGAUGCGGCGCCACGUUGAGCGACUCGGGACGAAGCAAGCUGAGUGGAGUAACGCGGAGAUCGCACGCUGCCGCGAGGCCCUCGCCGCAUCUGAGGCGAGCCUUGCGCAGGGCAAGCAACAGCAGCAACAGCUGGAAGAAAAGUGCCACCAGCGUAGUGGCGAAUUGCAGAAGCUGCAGGCCAAGUUCUCAGAGCUGCGGGUGGCAGAAGAGGAAGCCAGGGCGGAGCGAAGACGGCUGACGGAGGUUGUUGAAGAACUUCGGCGCGAGCGCGGCAUUCUGCGCCUGCAGUUGGAGGCAAGCCAGCAGGACUGCGUGGAGCUGCGCGAGCGCUACGGGUCAAUACAGGCGGAGGCUGCAGAGGUGCAGGAGCGGCUACGCGUGCUUGAGGAGGACCAGCAGUGCCAAAAACAGAUCAUAGACGCAAAGGCGAAAGCGCUUGCCAAACUGGCUCGAUGCACUGAAAAACUGAAGAAGACAGAAGAUGAGUGCCAGACACUCCGCGAUGAGAAUGGCGCUCUGUCGACAAAGGUGAAAUCCAUGCUGCUGCAACUGCAGACCUCCAGGAUGCAGCAGCGUAGCAAGAGUGUUGCACUGCCAACGCGUCAGCAACAACAACAGCAGCACCAUGAGGAAUUAAGUGCCCUCACAAAGGAGCUGGGGGUGCUGCGUGGGAUGCAGGAAUCUGCCGCCGCACUUCGCGCCAAGGAGUGCGCAGAGGCUGAGUCAUCCUUGAAGAAGCUCCACACACAGAACGAUGGGCUACGCAACGAGUUAGCGCAGCAGCAACGCAUGCUCGCGGACGCUCGCAACGAGGUGGAGCUGCAGCGACGGGCGGAGGCCGCCACGCUACACACACUGCUGAGCGUCCACCAGAGCGGCUCUGAGCCACCUGCUGAUAGCCACAACCCGGGCGGCGACGCGGUGUCGCAGAAAUUGUUCGACGGCAGCCCCAAGCCCCACACGACGGACGGUGCCGACCCUGGCCAGGCGGAAGUAACAAUCGGUGACAUGCGUGGGCGUGUCGUGUCGCUGGCGCAGCGGGCCGUCCUGGAGAUUGCCAGGCUUAAGGAGGCGCUCGCGCAGGCUCCGCGUAGCGAAAAGGGCGGAAGGCUGGAGGCGUUCCGUGCAGCGGAGCGGCUGGCGUGGGAGGCGGCGCAGCGCUCAGCCGUCAGACGGCAGACAUGUGGCGACGAGUGGGACACCGGUGCGCCUCCACCGCUGCCGGUGCCAAUAACAACACCAGAGUCACGUGGUGCGACAUUGCAGGAACAUCAACGACGCUUUUCGCUUGGUACCCCACGCCGUAGCUCCUCGGUACGCGGGUCCCCGUCUCCCAUGUGGGUGGAAAGGGAGUCAACGCGUGCUAGCCUGCCACAUCGACGCUCGGCGUCACCUGUUGCUGUUGCUGCCGCUGAUUCCUGGAAGGGUGACGUGAAUGGGGGACGUAGUUUGGCGCGUCACGGCCCCUCAUCUUCACUGACCUCCGCUGGCGGUGUGUCAAGGUCGUACUCUGGGCAAGGCGUUCUUGACGGGAGCGAUUCGCCGCCGAGGCCGCCGAUGCUUCGAGCUCCCUCGGUGCGCUGA